UAGGUGGCAGAUCUGAGCAUGGUGUAGCCUCGAAACCGUUGUAGUUAAGAUAUAGUGCACUACGUAUAGUGUAAAAGCUCUUAUUUUACGCCCUACUUAAUACACCUAUGUAGGGACAUGUGGGCUAUUAGGGAUUCAGCCGAAGAAUAGCAGCUGCGUUAGCAGAAUAGCGUUUUUUUCCUUACGGUUCGGAUCUUAAUAGAAAAUCUCGGUCUGUUCUCGCAUUUGUUUUUAUUUAAUUCUAUUGACAAAAAUGUUGUAUUUAUGCUGUUAAAAGUAUCAAAUUAUGUUGGCAAUAUUCUCUUAUUGUAUACGAGUAAUGGGGGAUAUACCAUUGUUUUAGCUACUAGCUAAAAUGAGGUUAGCUAGCUAGCAUCCAAAUUUUGUUUUCACACCAUAACUAGCGAAGCUUUAGCAAGUUCCCUUUACAUUUUGGCAACCUAUGAAGUUUUAACAGAUCUGUCCUGUUAGGUUCAGAUCAUACAGUCUGAGGGUCUGUAUACACCAGAAAAAUUGCUGUAACUUUUAUUUGCACCUAUUUAUUGAUGAGCUUGCCAUGGAGUUUCCAGGUCACAGUCAGCAGCUCUUGGCCAGUCUGCGUUCUCAGCGUCUACAGGGGUUCCUGUGUGACUGCACGGUCAGAGUCGGUCCCACUCGUUUUCUGGCUCACCGUGCUGUGCUAGCCUCCUGCUCACCGUUCUUCCACAUGUUCUACUCUGAACACCCCCUAGGCAGCACAUCUACAGUAAACGGAGGACCAGAGACAGACACCGUCACCAUUAAUGGAGAUAUAGUGACCCCUCCAGCAUUUGGGUUGCUCCUCGAUUUCAUGUAUGAGGGAGUACUACAGUUGGCAGCACAUCCACCUCCGGAGGACGUUCUCGCUGCGGCCAGUUUUUUGCACAUGAACGACGUGGUCCGAGUCUGUAAGAAAAGACUACAGGGUCGUGGACUGGCUGAGGCUGAUAGCACCAGGGCAGAAGAGGGAGGAAGUGAAACCGGGGGAGAUGGAACAGUGUUUAGUGGGUCAUCUAAAGAAGGAAAUUCAGAUGGCCAAAUGGAAAUGGUGGAAGGUGGACAAGGAGCUGUCAUGGUUUCUGCAUCAAAUCCAGCCUCGUCUCCCUCAAUAACACAAUGUCCUCAGCCAAGCCAGCAGUCAACGUUUCAUAUUGACACUAAAGCAGAGACAAAUGUGGGAGUACCUAAUUGUAUCUCACAUAGCAUUAAUCUGGGAAGUCCAGACAUGGCAGACACUACUCAACCAGGCAUGGACCCUCUUCCAGCAAUAAAUGAUUCUGGACCAGACUUGUACAGUUCCUCUCCUGGACCUGCUAAAGCUGGGAUGUCAGCAGCUAUGAAUAUGGAGUCUACACUUUCAAGUCCUUGCAGCACCACAGAACCAGCUCAGACAGGAACAGAAACUCUGCCCAGUGCAUCCACUGUUAUGGUUCUGGUUCCUGCGGAACGCAACCGAAAUAGAGACUCCAGCCAAGAAAUAUCCAUGUCAAAAGAAAUAAGCAGCGUGUUCACGGUUGCCACUAGUCAUCCUGGUCAAACUAAAAAACCCAUGUUGAUUCAAUGCAAUGGACAGAGUUUAACUGAUUACAUGAGACCUACGGCCAGAGGUUUAAAUGAACAGUCAUGUUCUCCCCAGCUAUUGUCUUCAGCAGGUGGAGAUGAUGGUAGUGAAGAGACAGCAAAAGUGAAGGUGGAGGCCAUUGUAAUCUCAGAUGAAGAACCAGAAGACAUAGAAGAGACACCUAUUAGGGUCAGAGAGCGAAGGAGAGAUGCUGAUUUGGAAGAAGGGGAGAAUUAUGAGGGCCCUAAUGAUGUCGAGAUCACCAAUGCUCACUUCAUACCUCCCCAUUCAUUAAUGCAAGUCUCACAUAAUCACCAAGAGUCUCUCGCUUUCUCUUUUUCACCACAGGGUCCUAGUGCUUCCUCUUCCGACACGCCUAGCUUCCCAUCUACCCUCUUUACCACAGCUUCCCAGCAACCAGAGCAGCAGACUAUCUACUUUGAGGAAUAUCACGAUUCUCUUGGAAAUUACAUAGAGGAUGUGCCUACAUGUACCACUUGUGGAAAGACGUUUUCUUGUGCUUAUACACUGAGGAGGCAUGCCAUAGUGCACACACGGGAGCGUCCUUAUGAAUGCCGUUAUUGUUACAGGAGUUACACACAGUCUGGGGACUUGUACAGGCAUAUAAGGAAGGCACAUGAUCAGGAUUUGCCAAUGAAGCGCAGCAGAACAGAAUCAGACCCUCCCCCUUCCCCACCUCUUCCCCAACCACCUCCCCAACCACCUCAGACAUAGCAAGAUACAUGUUCAGUCAUACUGGACAGAGUAUCAAAGUUGUUGCAAAGGCUAAAAUCAAUCACCUGUUUUUGUUACAGAUUAUGUAGACAAACUUUGUAAAAGACUGUUGUUAACAUUUUGUGUCAAAUUGAGCAUUGAACUUAGUCUGUGACUAGACAACAUUGUGACCAAAAACAGAA